GCGUAAUUUCGGUAUGGCCACCAGAUGCCCAACACCAUUUGCUUUCCCCUUUACACCGUUGGGUUUGAGUUUAUUCGAUAUUGAUCCGUCCAGAAUUUUGACAAUGUUACACCAUCAAACAUGGCUAGCAGAAGAGGCUUUAAGAAAUCGCGGUUUACUUACACCACCACCAACUACUUCAAAGGAUUUCUCCCACCGUUAUAAUCCUUUAAGCGAUUUACUUUCCAAAGAUUAUCAUCCAAAUCAUAUGCAUCAUUUGAACACUGCCGAUCUACUAACUAGAUCCUCAUCAUCUACCCCCUCUAAUUUGGUUGGGGUGGGGCCAAAUGAUUUGGUUAGCAAACAACAACAACAACACCGUUCCAUACCACAGCAACAGCAGUACAAACAACAACCACCUUUCAAUAUACGUUAUCCGUCGCCUAGUGCAUUUUUCCAUCAUCAGCACCAACAACAACAGCAGCAGCAGUCAUCACAUAGCCAUCUAUCGCAACAAUUACAGCCACAGAAGCUAAUCAAACUAAGUAGACAGAAUACACCAUCUCCCCAUCAAUCGAAUGCCAGUGGUCCUCUACACAAAAUCUCCGAACGGUCUGUGACACCCUGCCACCCCAACAAGGACGACAACAAUGACAGCGAUGCCCCAAUUGAGAUGACAACCAUCCAUCACGAUGAGGCAGCAGCUAUACGGGAUCGUGACAGUGGCAAUUCGAGUGCAGCCACCACGAGCUCCAUUACCUCAUCGAUGAUUUAUAAGGAUUCCUUAGAGCAAUUACUGCAACGUCGUCAUUCCGGCCCAACACUGGCCGCUGAAGCCGGUCUGAAGACCUAUUCGCAAAUGUUAUUGAACUCAAGCACUCCAACGGAUACCUCAAGUUGCAAGGAGAAAAGCUCCUCUUCAUCUACCUCAUCUACACCACCACCAGCUCCUGGAACGCCAGGUCAACUUUCACUUAGCCGUAGUAGUAUGCUGAAAAGCCCCUCGGAUACCUCAUCGCUGUUCAGCGAGCCCAUCGAAGAGGAGACCCGUUGUGUAGUGUGCAAUGCGCAUUUCCCCAAUGUUUGGCUAUUGGAGCAGCAUGCCGCCCUGCAGCAUCCCCUAUUGGGACCAGGUGAGGAAAAACCUUUUAUUUGUGAACAAUGUGGUCAAUCCUAUCGAUAUCGUUCAGCUUAUGCCAAACACAAAGAAACCAAUCAUCGUUCGCGUCUACCCGCUGACAAACUAUUCACCUGCGAUGUCUGUGGCAUGCAGUUUCGCUAUUUGAAGUCCUUCAAGAAACAUCGUUUGAAUCAUGCCUUGGAGCGGUUGCAUGGCAAGAAGGGUAAACAUCCGUUUGCCAUACAUUUGCAACAACAAAUCCAGGAACAGGAAAUGAUUGCCAGCGGCCAGGAAUCCCAGUCUAUGGGAGUAAUGGCUCCCGAAGUAGAUGUGGUCGAAGAUUUGCGUAUUAAUAUUAAGAAGGAACGAGAGGAUGACGAUUCUCAACAACAGCAGCAUCAGCAACAACUGCAGCAGAUGUCACAGCACCACCAACAAAGACAUGAUGGUGACCAGGAUGAUGGUAAUGACUUGGGAAGAGUCCAGAUACAGACCAAUACGAAUGAGCCGAAUAUUGAAUGCUCUGAUGGAAUACAUAGUACAAAUAAGAGGCAACAACGCCUUCUUAAUGCUCCACCACCAUCCCACAUGGAAACAGAUCCCUCCUAUCAUCAUAUAUCGCAUCAACUUUCUUCGAUUCCAACCUCACAACAUCACUCACAACACCAUUUGCCGGCCCAUCAUCACCAUCCACAUCUUAACUCUCAACUGCCUGGCCAUUUGGCUCAUAAUAUGUCAGCUAUGGCGGCAGCAGCAGCUGCUGCAGCCACAACACCUCAACAUCAGCAACAAAUUACGCCUCAAACAGCUCAACAAGCGGCUGUGGCAGCUGCAGCCGCUGCUGCAAAUUCAAUGAAUUCCUUAAAUUCUCUCAAUUCGAUAACGUCUCUCAUCAAUGCUGAGCGAUUGCCCAAUGAACAGUUUUUGGGCUUAAAUCCCCAGGAAGCAUCCAUAUUAAAUUUCCUACGAGUGGAUGCCCAAGAAAGGCAGCGUGACAAAAGACCACCGGCAUCACGUUUCGCCUGUCCCUUCUGCGGUAAAUGUGUGCGUUCCAAGGAAAAUCUUAAAUUACAUGUACGCAAACACACUGGCGAAAGGCCAUUUGUUUGUCUAUUUUGUGGUCGUGCCUUCGGUGGCAAAUCCGAUCUAACACGUCACCUUCGAAUUCAUACUGGUGAGAGGCCUUAUCACUGUGAAUCGUGUGGCAAAUGUUUUGCCAGAGCUGAUUAUCUAUCGAAACAUUUGACAACACACAUACACAAUGCUCCACGCUGAGAUGAGGUGCGAAGGAGACGACUCCUUCGCCGUUAGGUAUUUGG